UUGUCUCACCAUUAACCCAAAUAAUUGACUAAUAGCGUCUGGCUUGCCAUGGCCGGUUUCGUACCCUCUCAGCAGAGUCACACCAUCUCCGGUGAGCAAAAAGAUAUAGAUUUGAUCCAAACAACAGAUGAGAAUCAUGGAGAAAUAUUCCCCAAUCUUCCCACGGGCAAAGGCUGGAUGUCUGAACAUCUGGUUCAAUACCAAGGCUUUUGGCUCUCCCCCAAGGGUUUGAACAACUUGAUGUGGAUCCAACAUCAUUUCAAGCCUCGACCAUCCGAUAUCUUCUUAGCCUCGUUCCCGAAAACCGGCACCACUUGGCUCAAGGCACUCGUUUUCGCCACUGUCAACCGCACCCGCUACGGUUUCUCCGACCACCCUUUGCUCACCGCCAAUCCCCACGAUUGCUUCCCUUUCUUGGACGCUUACCUACACGAAAACGACCCGUCUUUCCUCGAACUCGAUGCAUCCCCGACGCCACGACUCCUCUCGACGCAUCUCCCAUAUGCUUUGUUGCCGGAUUCCAUGAUCGUUAACCGAAGUAGCAGGUUCGUUUACAUCUACAGGGACCCCAAGGACGUACUCGUUUCGAAAUGGAACUUUUUGAGCAAGCUGAGGCCCAAAGAAUUGCCGCCGUUUUCACUCGAGGAAGCAUUCGAGUUGUUUUGUCAAGGGAUAUCCCAUUAUGGACCCUAUUGGGAUCAAGUUUUAGGGUAUUGGAAAGCAAGCUCGGAAUUCCCAGAAAACAUACUGUUCUUGAAGUAUGAAGAUUUGAAGGAACAGCCCCUUGCUGUUGUCAAGAGAUUAGGUGAGUUUCUUGGUUACCCUUUCUCAUUAGAAGAAGAGAACAAGGGAGUGGUUGAAGAUAUAGUGAAGCUAUGUAGUUUCGAGAAUUUGAGCAAUUUGGAAGUCAAUAGGAAAAGUGUGCACAAGUUCAGCAGGGACAGCUUGGUCGAUAAUCGCCAUUUUUUCAGAAAGGGAAUAGUUGGAGAUUGGAAGAAUUGUUUGACAGAUGAGAUGAUAAAACGUCUGAAUCAAAUAACUUCCGAUAAGUUGUUUGGUCCUGGAUUGUUAUUUGACAAUUGA